UAAUCAAAUAUUAAUGACUUGUCAAAAAUGCAUAGAUUGGUGAUAUAAUUUCCUAACAUAGUACUCGUCUAAGAUUGCGACUUUUCCUUGUGGCGUUUGUUUAAGGCUGGAGCCCUUGUUAAUCUGUGAAUUCACGAGUUGCACGCUAACGAGAAUGGUAGGGCAGGCCUAAGAAAACACAGGCAUUCCAAAUGAACCCAGCUCGUCACAUGAUCGUGGCAGCCCUGCUGCUGCUGUCUACUGCGCAAGCGCAGAAGUAUAGGCUUCACAAACAGCCUGAUGGUACAUACUUGCUAGUGCCAGCCUCCCCGGCCGCUACAGGCGCAGGCAUCGUGGAUCUCAAGUCAUUGCCACCAAUACCGGUUGGUAGCAACACAGGCAAGGAAGCCCCUGGAGUGAACUCGCAGACUCCCCCCAUGCUGAUACAGAAUGCUGCCUCACCCACUCCGACCCCAGGAUCCACAGCGGGAGUACCGCCAAGCCCUCCGGUACAACCAGCUCCACCGAAACCCGCGCCGCAGCCAUCAUCCGAACUCAAACCCCCGGGACCAGCAGCCGCGUCCAGCCCCGCACAGCAGGCUGCCCCAACUAAACCACCCUUGCAGCCCAAACAGGAAGGACCGCUGAUGGGUCCUAAACAAAAUGUAAUGACUCUUGCACUGAAGGGCAAAGACGGAAACUCGGGGAGACCAGGACCGAAGGGACCACCAGGACCAAAGGGGCCCCAAGGGCCACCAGGCAACAAGGGUCCUCGGGGAGAGCCAGGGACCUGCCAACCUUCACCUUACCAAUGCUCGCCCGGUAUCAUAGCCACGCUGACUGCAAAAAUCAACGCCCUCGAGAAGCAAUGCAAGCAGCAGAAGGGCGAGGGGGGUGCUGGACAAGGCGGAGGAUCCGGUCAGUCUGGUGGGGGUGGCGGUGGCGGCGGGGGUGCACCCCCGUGUCCCAUUGGAAAAUGCAAGGAGAACCCUGCAGUUAGCUGUCAGGUCGUGUACAUACAAACUCCUAAAGCCGAAAGCGGCGCCUACUGGAUCAAAGGCGCAAAGGAGCCUUUCCAGACGCACUGCGAGCUAAUACGCAAAACCAUCAAGGAUAUCCAUAACCCGGACGUGCCACCUCGUGCACUGGGGGGCUGGACACUAGUAGCAAGGAUCAACGGCGCCGGAACCGAUUUCUCUCCAAUUAGCGACAACUGGGCAAACAAUGAAACAUUCAACGCCAACACCUCGACUGACAUCACCAUGGAAACCCCAAUGAAAAACGAGGGAUGGAACGUGAUAAAAGGGCGCGCUCUGCUGCUUUGUUUCACGGGGCCCGUGUCGGGUUGUGCGCCCUUCACUCACAACAAAGCUAUGCCGCUACAGGAGUUGUUCAAGACGCAGUUCGGGGUGACGCCCCAAGAACAGUACACGUUCGCCACGCUACUGAAAGCGUUUGAUAAGAGCUGUGAUCUGUCCGUCUUGAGGCAGGGGUGGUGUGGAUUGAACCUGGCUAAUACGUGUUCACCAUCUACAGACGAUCCUAACCGUAAGCCCGUGUCGACCACACAUAUCGUGCGCAUAGGGUGCAUAGGGGAUCGCCAAGCCACGUGCUUCCCUGAUGACUAUGCGCUGGGGGUGGGUGUGAGUAGCUGUAAGGACGGCUAUGGGUGCACGGUGGUAGGAGCAUCUAGGAACAUGCACUAUAGGUGCGACUACGUACACGGUACCUUUAUGCACACUGCAUUCUUGUACGUACUGUAAAUGGUACCUUGGGACAAAAUGCGUUAAAUCAUCCACCAUUUUUAGAACAAGGUAUAUCCAGAACAGAGACAUCAGCUUCAAGCAUGUUUGCGCUCAAUUUACAGGUUGCUUUGCACAGUGUUUACGAUGAUGAUAACACUGGGCACAAACCCUUUUAACAUGUUUGUGGUUUUAUCUUAUUUUCUAAGCCUCCUUUGUCACGUCUGCUAUCGUUCGUCACGAGGGGGUAGGAAGAUUAAUCCAUUCUCCCAGCCUCAGCUCUCUACAACAUGACUUGUGGUCAUAUAGUGGAAAGAGCUCAUCAAACCUGGGCGCACCCAUACCAGGGCGUGUCUAGAGAAAAACGCUUGAUGGGUAGUAAGCAACGGAUCAAUAUAGUUCAAAUCCGCAUCAUUAGCUCUGGAAAUAAGUCACUAGAUCAAUCUAAAAAGUUUUUUUCUAUCCAAACACACACACACACACACAAUUGACCAUCUUCUUAUUCACCAACACGGGUGUCAACCGGUUUCGAACUCAUUUCGUAACAUGGGAAGGGUGUGGACCCCUCGACACCCCUCUGUAAAUGUCCCUGCAUACGUAUUGUAGGGGCAGCCUGCUAAAUAAGGAUUUUUAGGCACAUGACGAUAUUUAUAGACUGUCUAGUGCCUGUGUGAGUUAUUGAUCACAAAAGCAUGGGUAACUUUAGUGAUAUUGAUAUUUAAUAAAGUGGUAACAUAAUGGA